UUUUGAUUUACAUAGUUGACCGCUGUAAAGAAAAUGUUCCAAUUGAGAUUGGGGAAAUCUCUGGUAAUUUUAGAAAAAGACAUGUAUAUUUUGUAUCGCACGUUUCAUGAAUUCUUUAUUAAAAAAUUUGUUGUAUAUAUAUACUGUAAUAGUAAUAAAUUUUAUUCUUUUUCUAUAAACUAUUUUUUUUUAAAAAAAAAAUGCAUAAUCGAUAGUAAAAUAAUGAAAAAAUAUAAUUAAAUGAAAAAAGAAAAAAAUG